GAUUUGCAGUGCUCACCGAGCCUUUGUUGAGAAGGGUCUCCUCUCGGAGUGAGUCAUGCUUUUGCUGUGAGCAGCCCCAAGCAGCUGGGCGCUCAUCAGAGGAAACUAUGACUUUUGCAAAGCAAACGUGCCGCCCUCAGCAGCCAAGUCCGGGGCCGGGGCUGCGCGUCCGCGGCGGUGCGGGGUGUUAGCGGUGGGAGGCCGGCGCCGCUGCUCGCGCCCCCCAACCAGCUGUCCCGGCCGCUCCGUCCCGCCCCGGGGACCGCGGCUCGCCUGCUAUGCGCGGCAGCCCGCGCCGGGGCCGGCACCUGCAGCGCCCGGGCGGAUGCGGCGAGCCCACGGAGGGGCAUGCUUCCACGCACCAAGUACAACCGCUUCAGGAAUGACUCGGUGACAUCGGUGGAUGACCUUCUGCACAACCUGUCGGUGAGCGGCGGGGGCAAGGUCUCGGCGGCGCGCGCAGCCCCGGCGGCGGCCCCCUACCUGGUGUCCGGAGACGCGCUGCGCAGGGCGCCCGACGAUGGGCCAGGCAGCUUGGGCCACCUGCUCCACAAGGUGUCCCACCUGAAACUCUCCAGUUCGGGCCUCCGCGGCCUGUCGGCGGCCAGGGAGCGGGCGGGCGCGCGGCUCUCGGGCAGCUGCAGCGCUCCCAGCCUGGCCGCCCCGGACGGCAGCGCGCCCCCCGGCCCCCGCGCCCCGGCCAUGCGCGCCGCCAGAAAGGGCCGACCCGGCGACGAGCCGCCGCCCCACGCCCCGCACGCCAACGACCAGGUGCUGGGGGCUGGAGUCACCUACGUCGUCAAGUACUUGGGGUGCAUUGAAGUUCUACGCUCCAUGAGGUCACUUGACUUCAGCACAAGAACACAGAUUACCAGGGGCUUGCCCAUCUCAGGGCGGCGUUCAGGCCGUGAGGGGCUGCGGCGGAGAUGGACGCAGAGGAAGAAGGGCAGAUGUGCUCUCUCACUGAAAGGCACUUUCUGAGGACCCUCGGAGCGGGCCACCAUGCCCUGGGAGCGCCCUGGUCACCUCUGUGGCCCACGAGGGAUGCUGACUCCCGCGUCUGGAAUUCUCCAAUUCUCAGGGGGCCCUGUGCCCUCCUGCAGUGGUGGCCUCUGCCUGCUCUUCUCCCUCCCACGUCUCCCCCCCGCCCCCCGCACUUCCCCACAUCUCAGUGGCCCUCCUGUCCUUUGCACAGGGCCCAUCUGCUGUCCUUUUGUCACCUUGUAGCUCUUGCUUGUUAUUAAAUCUAUUUUUGAGAAAAACAA